UAUCAGCCCACUCCAAAAUUUAUUCCACUCGCAGCCCAGCCGCAGCGAAGAAACAAAAUCGAAGAACGAAGACUGCGGCAGAGCUUGCGACGAAGAAGGCGAGAAUCUGUGAGCUGCGACGAAGAGAACACCGAGCCAUCCACGCCGCGCGUCCAGGGCGUUCGUCGUCGGCCGUCCAGCGUCCUUUCUCUGGACUCUGCCUCCAGUUCUGGCGCAGCCGCGCAGAGGCAAUGUCGCAGGGCUAUGCAAUUGAGCUAUACUUUGAUCCUGCGCUUGAGAACCAGGUGUUGAAGGCAUGGAAUGUGUUAGCUAGAAGACAGAUCAGCACUCAGCUCAUUGAGAUUGAAUCCAGGCCGCACAUUACCCUCUUCUCGAGCUCCCUGUUUGAUCCUUUCAAGCUUGAGAGUACAGUGAAGAAUUUUGUGUCAAAGCAAGAGCCUUUGCCCCUAUCGUUCGCAUCCAUUGGGAGUUUCUCGAAUGACAAUAAUCUGCUCUUUCUUGCCCCAACCCCAACUUUAUCUCUCCUUCAGUUUCAUUCGCAGCUGUUUGAUUUGAUGAGAAAGGAAGGGGUUGAAAUGGGGGAGGAGUAUCGCCCUGAUACAUGGCUUCCCUAUUGCCCUGUAGCUGAAGGGGUGCCUAAGGCUCGUAUGGCUGAGGCUUUUAAUGUUUUGAGGGACUUGAAACUUCCUGUUUCUGGCUAUGCGAUGGAUAUUGCAUUGGUUGAGUAUCCUCCAGUGCGUGAAGUGUUCUCAUUUGCGCUUGGCAAUUCAGUCGAUCCAUGAGGUUUAAAAAUAUGUAGUUGUGAUUGUAUACACUUUGAGGUCAUCAUUAUAUAUGAUUGUUCCUCUAGAAACUAAGCAUUGAGUAGUAAUAUUAACUAUGCUGCUGUAUUUACCAAACUAGGCUUUGUUUUGCUGUGACAUUUAUGUCAUUUUACAUUUAAAUUCUGUUUUUCCAUCUUUCUAUUAGGUCAUAAUUACACUCGGUCAAUCAUGAUAUUUAGAUUUUAGCAUAGUGGC